CUACUAUCCCAACAGUGUGAUUAAACUUAUGGAACAGAUUCUCCACUGCAAUAAGUCCACGCAGGGAGAUGUGGACUGUUGAGAAAUAGCCAAUACGGCGUCCUGUAAAUAUAAGCGAUUCUGGCAGAGGAUGAUCAUCUGAGAUACAUUCUGCAGCUACCAUAUUGUCCAUAUAUUUUCCAUGUUUUACCUCGCAGCAGCUUCGUAGAGUGUUGAUACUGACUUAUGUUACGGAUCAGAGUACAGGACACGAGCCGGGAUGGCGCAACUUGCCUCCAAAGUGGCGCCAAGGGCACAUAAGAUGGGUCCGAUGGUCUGAUAAGAUAAAACCGGCGGGGUUUCCUCAGGGCCGAACAGUCGCAUUUCACAGCCACCUGUUGUUCACAUCCUCCCUUAUAAUAAUGUCAUUAUGACUGCCAUCUCAAAGAUCCGGAAUAUAGCCAUUAUUGGCGCUGGGCCCGCCGGCCUUGCGGCGGCCAAGUAUCUCCUCGCUGAGAAGAGCUUCGAUAAGAUCGACGUAUUCGAGCAGCGAAGCACACCCGGAGGCACCUGGAACUAUUCACCUGGAACCGACAAAAUUGGAGCUACAACCCCUGUUCCGCAAUUAGAUCCACGCCAGCCAGUCGAAGAGCCCAUUUGGCACCAGAAACGAAAUAGCAAAGAAGGCCAAGAAGCAACUUUUCUAUCACCUCUCUAUGAAAGACUAGAAACCAACAUUCCGAAGGAUUUGAUGCAGUUUUCCGAUAAGCCGUUUCCAGCGGAUUCUCAGCUAUUCCCGACGUUUCGGACCGUGACGGAAUACCUUCAUGAGUACGCCGACGAUAUCAGGGAGCUAAUUCAUUUCGAGACACAAGUUCUCGAUGUCACUACUGGACCGGGAAAUUCUUGGAUACUGACAAGGAAAGAAUUGCAAAAUGGACGCGUUGAGACGGAUCCAUACGAUGCCGUUGUGGUUGCAAGCGGCCACUACAAUGUUCCUUACGUCCCUGCCAUUGAGGGGAUCGAGGCAUGGAAUCUAGCUUACCCGGGGGUCAUCUCACACUCCAAAUUUUAUGAUUCCCCGGAAGCUUUUAGGGGGGAAAAGGUCAUCGUGGUAGGCAAUUCUGCAUCUGGAAUUGAUAUUGGGACUCAGAUCGCUUCGGUCUGCAAAGGACCUCUGUUAGCCUCAUCACGGUCGGAGUCGUAUCUCUCACCUGGUCCUGCGGCCGACAGGAUCGAAUACCCCGAGAUAGUGGAGUUUCUGUCACCCAGUGCUCACGAGCGUGCAGUUCGAUUCAAGGAUGGAAGGAUAGAGGAUGGAAUCGACGCCAUCGUCUUUUGCACGGGUUAUCUCUAUUCUUUUCCGUUCUUAUCAUCCCUACAGCCACCGGUGAUUCGGGAUGGCAGUAGGACUCUCAAUAUCUACCAGCAGUUGUUCUAUAUUGAGAAUCCUACAUUAGUGUUUCCGACCCUUCCCCAGAAGGUCAUACCAUUUCCCCUAUCUGAAAACCAGGCUGCUGUCUUCGCACGAGUCUUCUCUGGAAAGUUAACUCUUCCGUCCAAGGCGGAGAUGAAAGCUUGGGAGGAGUCUGUUGUUGCAGAGAAGGGAGACGGCAAAGCGUUUCAUGUUCUACCUUUUCCGAAGGAUGCUGAAUAUCUCAACUUCCUGUAUGACUGGGCAAGAAAGGCCAGAACGGAAUCGGAACUAGGUACUGAGGGGAAGGGUAAAUUGGGAACAAGAUGGGGAGAAAAGGAAAUGUGGAUGCGGGACCGUUUCCCAGAGAUCAAGAAGGCCUUCCAGAGCAAGGGAGAAGAGCGCCGCUCCAUCCGGACGUUGGAGGAGAUCGGCUUUGACUUCGAUGCAUGGAAGAAAGAACAUGAGAACAAUGGGCCAUAGCUAUGACACGCGUGAUUAUUGGGCUUGAUGGUAAUGUAGGUGAGACUGCGAUACAAUGCAUUGCAUCUAGGGACCUGGGGUGUGGAACCAGACCAUUUUGCCUAGACAGAUCAACACACUCAACUUGCGAGACUGUAUAUGGAGAAAGAUCGUAUACCAGAAAAUUCUAGACAGUACACUUUUAAUUUGUAUGAAGUGACCAUCUAUGACAUCUUGAGA